CGACCGAUUUCCACGGCCAUGCGGGGCUGCUUCAAAGACAUACGGCCCACGGCCGACGAGGUCAAGCCUCCACUGCGCAUCGCCUCUUUCAUCGUGCGGCGCCCCUGCUUCACCGCGCUCGGCUCCCUCUUCGUCGCCGUCAUCCUCGCAAGUGAGGGAAACCGGGCCGGGUUCAGCGGCGCCGAGGAGCUCAGCGAUAUCUUCCCCCAGCAGGACUACCCCGUCUAUGACACGAUCUCGCAGCAGACGGAUGCGGUCAUCAUGGCGAUGGAGCAGUCGGAGGAGAACUUUGCGCUCCGUUCCCGCCGCCGCGCCCUCUCCGCCCGCUUCACCGCACCGAGCGCCACGGGCGCGCGUCGCUUCCUCUCGUCCUCGGGGGUGCAGCACCUCCAGCGCGCCGCCGCCCGCUUCGAUGGCGCCGAAAUGGGCGAUCGUGCCGUCGCCGGAGCUGGCGAACCUGCCUUCGAGCGCGGCCGCGAGCUGUCGUCGACGCCGAUAAACCAGACGAAGCAGACCGAGUCGCUGGGUGAGGCGAUCUUCUCCUUUGGCGCGCGCGAGGACGGGGGCGACUCCUUCUCCGAGGCGGGCCUCGCCGAGCUCUGCCGUAUGCAUGUCGAGAUGAUGGAAACCAAGGACUACGACCAGUAUUGCCUCCGCAGUGAGUUCGAGACGCCGGACGUCGGGGUGCUGCCCGACGCGACUUGCAAAGCGCCUCGCACGCCCCUCGUCUUCUUUUAUGGCCCGACCUCGUACGACCCGGAGUCGGCCCUCGCCAAGUUCAACGUUCCGAACUUCGAGGAGAUCAUGGCGUGGCAGCUCGACCCUGCCAACACUGAAGCGGUGAAGACGCAGCAGGCGGCGGACAACGCGGCCACCAUCAGCGAUGAGAACAGCAUCACGGUCGCAGAGGCACACUACACCACCGUCGACGCUCUGCGGGUUGAGCUCUCCACCGACGGGCCGAUUGGCAAGCAGUGGUUUUACGGGCGCACGCGCUGCGGGGAAGGCGAAACUAAGGGGCAGGAGACGGCCAAGGACGCGGCUGCGGUCAAGAAGCUGGUGGCAAAGGUGCGCGGGAGCAAGGCCCUCUCGGACUCGCAGACGGGCGGGCUCGUCAACUUCUAUUUCGACUCCGCCUUCGGCGAAGACAACCUGCGUUCGCGCUACACGCGCAGCUUCUACCAGUUCGGCGCGCCGCUGGCGGGGUUCGACAACUACAUUGAGAGCGACCUCAAGGACGACCAGGACAAACUGGUGACGGACUGGUGGAAGGAAGAGGACAUGCGAGGCCUCUACUCGAAGAACGGCCGCCUCUCGUGGAACGAGAUCGAGCCGUCCGCCAUUAUCACCCUUGGGGACAUCCUGCUCAACGAGUUUCUCGAAAUUAUCAAAGUAGACGGCAUUCUCGCCAUCGUCCCAAUCGUCGCCGUUUUCCUCAUCGUCUGGCUGCACACCGGCUCGCUCCUGAUCGCCUUUGCCACCCUCACCGAGCAACUCCUCUCCUUCUUCGUCGCCUUCUUCUUCACGGCGGUGGUGCUGCAGAUCAAGUGGCUCUCGUUCCAAUUCAUCCUCUCCAUCUACAUCGUGCUCGCCAUCGGCGCCGACGACACCUUUGUCUUCGUCGACGCAUGGAAGCAGAGUUUCUACGCCGGCCCAGACGUGAACCGCAACCUGGCGACACGCAUGUCGUGGGUCUACCGCCGCGCGGGCCUCGCCAUGCUCAUCACGUCGCUCACGACGUGCGCCGCGUUCCUCGCGACGGCGGUGGCGUCGGGGCAGGUGCCCGACCUGCAGCUGUUCGGAAUCUUCACGGCCUUCGUCAUCUUCAUCGACUACGUGCUCGUGAUGACGUUUCUCACCGCAAUCAUGGUGCUGUACCACAACCGCUUCGAGAUGAAGCCGGGCCUCUGCUGCGCCUGCUGCGGUACGGCGGACACGCGGCAGGGGUGCAGCAAGGGUGGCUGCGACGCGCUCUGCGCCUCCUCCUCGAAGCUCGAGACGACGACGGCGAUCGCCGAGCGCGGCGGCGCCGACCAGGUGGCCAAGCCGCGCCUCGUCACCUUCUUCGAGGACGUGUUUCCCUUUAGCAUCAUCCGGCGCCCGCCGGCGCGUGCAGCGUCCGUGGUGAUCAUGCUCGCGGUGCUCGCGCCGAUGGCGUGGCAGGCGUCGCAGCUCGAGCCGCAGAAGGAUGCGGCCCAGAUUUUGCCCGACGACCAUCCGUUCCAGCGCUUCUUCGACUUGAGCGCCGAGUUCGAGUCUUCGAAUGAGGACGAGCCCGUAAAGCUCAGCGUCGUGUGGGGCUUUGAGGACAAGCCGCUCGACACGGACGGCGUCAAUCGGCUCUUUGACCCGCAAAACAAGGGCCGCCUCGCCUUCAGUGCCGACUGGGUCCUUGACGAGUCGGCGCAGUCGGGACUGCUGAGCGCGUGCGACCUGCUCGAGAAUUCGGAGCUCGUCUUUGACAAGGAGACCGAGGCGGGCAUCCUGGAGAAGGACAUUGACUGCUGGGUGCGCGACUUCAAAAACUGGCGCAACACCACGCGCAACGAGAUCUUCCCCGUUCCCGACGACGCUGACGUGGUCACGGCGGUCAAAGAAUGGUGCGACGCCGGAGACGGGGAGACCGCGAGCGACUGCUCGCGCUACGUCGGCUUUGAGGUCGACGCGAACGGCGACCUCUACAUCGCGUGGACUCGCGUUGUCAUGGGCGUCAAGAUGAACGAAAACGUCUUCCUUCCCGCGUCAAAGCUCCGCGAGAAAUACGACGAAUACGAGGGCCUCGUCGACAGCAUCAACGAGGCGGUGGCCGUGGGCGCCGAAGACCCGGGUGGACAGCCGCUCGCCAACAACAAGUGGAUCAACAUGGUUUUGCAGGAGCUGUACGUGCGCAUGUCUACCGUCGGCGUCGCCAUCGGCAUCAGCAUCGCCUUCAUCGUCCUCCUCGUGUCCACCCGCAACCUCCUCGCCGCCUCCAUCUCCGUCCUCUCUAUCGCGUGCGCCCUCGUCACUGUGAUUGGCAUCACCGUCGCGAUGGGCUGGGAGCUCGGCGCCAGCGAGGCCAUCUGCCUGAUGACCCUGACCGGCUUCGCCGUCGACUACGUGGUCCACCUCAGCCACUCGUACAUGGAGUCCACCUCGCACUCGCCGCUCGAGCGCACGCACGACGCGCUGCGCGACAUGGGCAUCUCCGUCUUCUGGGGCAUGCUGACCAGCUUCGUCGCGGCGCUCGCGCUGGCGUCGUGCCAGCUGCAGUUCCUCUCCAAGUUUGGCUACUUCUUCCUCCUGACCAUCACGUUCGCCUACCUCUGGGCCGUGCUCUUCCUCAUGCCCCUCCUCGCCACCAUCGGUCCCCGCUCUUCGCCCCCCGACGGGAAAGCGGUGCCGAUCACGCCGUACAACUCGAACACCACCACCCGCAAGGUGCCCGACGCCAUCGAGGUGGCGUAGGGCGGAGCUAGGGGUGGCGGGCACGUCCCUGCCGCCUUGUGCAUUUGAUUAGGCGUGAGGGGGGUUUAGGAUGAGCCUCCGGCGCGCUAGUGCUCUCCGAGCACGCGUCGCCGUGUGGGAGAGCGACGAGGGUAGUGCAAGCAGGUGGGCACGCUCCGCGCGGUUCGAGCGUUUGUACGUGGCUCAGUAUCUGUGUUUGAGUAUUGAAAGAUGUUUUGUUUAGCUGUUUGA